AUGGUACAAACCCGAAAUGCAGACAACCAACGCCUGAAGCCAAAGCAGAUCCUAGCAAACGCCGCAGUCCAGAAUCUCAUCCAUUACUAUAAACAUCAACAUGAGGGUCCCAAGAAACUUGCCGACGAUGAGUCCUCCUCUUUCAGGACCUGCAUGUCACCAAUACUGGAAUCGCCAACCCCGGGCUCUCUUUUUACGAAACCUCCAAUUGAUUCGACCCGAGUUCCAAAUAGAGCCGAUGACAAUUUGUUGUAUCACGACCCGACUUUGACAGCAUUUGCGCAGUUGGCAGCGUUCAAGCUUCAAUGCAAUCGUGCCAUUAUAUCGCUGAUUGAUUCCAACAUCCGGUACAUACUCUCCGAAGCUACCAAGAGCGUAUCUCUCAAGUCACCACACAGAGCUGAUAGCGGAGAUGGAUUGUUUCUCGGUGCUCGGUUUCUUGAUCGCGCUUGGGGCAUGUGCCCUGAAACAAUAGAGUUCUUCCAGGAUGAAGAUGGCAGUGUGUCUAAAACGGAAAGCUUUAUGGUUGUUAACAACAAGUCUGUUGUUAUCCAUGACAUGUCAAAAGCCCACUGUUGCAAGGACAAAGAGUACAUUUCCGGAUGGCCAUAUUUUCGAUUCUUCGCUGAGGUUCCAAUUAAGACUAGGUCUAGGCUGGUCGUAGGUUCUUUUUGUUUAUUAGACAACAUUGCACGACACGAGUUUGGGGAGGAAAACCUAAAAACCCUUCAGGAAAUUGCUUCCACGGUUGCUCGUCAUCUCGAGCUCGUCCAAGCACAGAAGAAUCUCGAACGAUCAAAGGACAUGGUCAAGGCUUUGGGGCUGUUUGCUGAGGGUAAGCCUACUCUACGGCAAUGGUGGACAGAUGCGUUCAACAGAAGGGCUAGCGUUGUAGAGGCUCGAGAAGCGCAGAAAGAGGAGCCUACCCCAGAAUUUAAUCAAGAUCUUGCUACUGCUUCCGAGCGCUUGAAGGCAUUCUUGCGUGCACCAGAACCACUGCCACCAGACACUAACCCAAGCGACUCGCUUGGAUCAACGUCUACUCAUAUUGACUCUGCAGCAGCCACCGGGUCUCACACAUCCGCCAGUCCGCGUGAAGAAGAAGUGGCCCAAUCCGGAAGAAAUCAGAUCUCACAAGGGUCUGAUUCGAAGCAGACUGACUCAAAUCCUAAAUCCCGAAAAAGACAGAGCACUCAGCAAUCGGGUCUCCCCUCACACGAGGAAACUUUGUCAUAUGCUGCGAUCAAGUCUUUGUUUUCUCGGGCGAGCCACAUGAUUCGGGAAGCUAGCGACCUAGAGGGAAUCAUCUUCGCCAACGCAUCUCUUCAGGAUAUAGAAAUUGGCCGGGGUAAACUUGACAGUGAGACUUGGACAACACAGACUCAAACGGAAACCCAAUCUGGAACCAGAAGUAGUAUGGAUGUAUCAAACAGUGUAGAUACAAAAGUGGAGCGAAAUUCGUCGAAUGGCCGAUCUUUCAAAAUGUCUAUCAACAAGACUAAUUCCUUCGAGAAAGAGCCAAAAGUUUGCGAGAUUCUAGGUUACUCUCUGAGGGAUACCCCAUGCGGAUCGAAUGCUGAGCCCUCGUCAACGCAACUUGGAAUCUCGCAAUCUGUUCUUAGAGGUUUGCUGAAAUCAUAUCCGCAUGGCCAGAUAUUUAUGUUCGACCAAUUCGGAUUACCUAUCCAUCAUUCAGACAUAGACCCACGAAAGUUCAGCAAGAGCAGGAGAAAGAAGCGCUGGACAAAUAAGGAGAGGAAAUUCGAGAAAGAGAAGGAGCAGUUGAAAUCCUAUCAGUUACUUGACAUAUGUCCAGGCGCCAGAGCCGUUAUCUUUUUUCCAUUGUGGGAUCCACAAAGUAAUCAAUGGUUUGCUGGUAGUUUGGCUUGGACAAAGGAUCCCGGACGAAUUCUUCAGUCCGAAGACGUUACCUAUCUGGCUGGAUUUGGCAGUUGUAUCAUGGCGGAAAAGUCUAAAGUGGAUGCACUUACAGCAGACAAGUCUAAAGCAGACUUCAUCUCAUCGAUAAGCCACGAGCUUAGAACACCUCUCCAUGGAAUGCUCGCAACACUGGAAACCAUGGAGGAGACCUCUAAAAACACCCAAGACGAGGAAAUGAUACGUACCAUGACAACUUGUGGAGAAGUCUUGCUUGAUACCAUGGACCACAUUCUAGAUUAUGCUAGAAUGAGUAACAAGAAAGGACUAAAAGUCGGCAGUGUAAACGGACAAUCGGGAGGAACAAUGAUAUCAUCUAGUAGCAUCACAACUUUCGAUCUGGGUAAUGUGGUCGAAACUGUUGUUGAAGGUAUCCUUGUUGGUCAUGGUUAUCGGUCUCAGACUCGAUCAAGGACCUCUGGUGGAGACGGUCCUUACUAUCCGCGGCGGCGAAGCCGCGUGGCAUCGCCGGGUGUAAACAGCGAUGUUUCUGUAGUUUUAGAUAUCGAAAAACGAAGAAGCUGGCUCUUCCAAUCUCAAAUCGGAGCUUGGAAGCGAAUCCUAACAAAUCUCUUUGGCAACGCUCUUAAAUACACCAAUCUAGGCUUCGUGCAGGUGUCGCUAAAAACGGAAACCAUAUUGAAUGGUGAUACGGACACGACGCUUGUCACGAUGGAAAUUCAAGAUUCUGGGAUCGGAAUGACACAAGAUUUCUUGACAAACCAACUGUACAAGCCCUUCGCUCAAGCCAAUCCACUCUCGGUUGGAACAGGUCUAGGCCUAAGCAUUGUUAGACAGCUCGUGAAGGAUCUGAAUGGUUACAUCGAGGUCGAAAGCGAAAUUGGAUAUGGUACUUCAAUGAAAGUAGCCAUUCCGUUGAAGAACUCAGAUAUCCAAGAUCCGAACGAUAGCUCGGUCCCUGGGAGCGCGACGAUCCGAGAUAUUGGGGCAUUGUCUAAAGGGCUGACCUUGUGUAUCAUCGGCUUUGAUUACUUGCCUGAGAUGGAUGAAGCUUCGACUGGGAUUUUGAGCGUUCACGCCCGACGCAUGCUUGCUUUAAGAAGAACAAUCGUGUCAUUCGCGACGGACUGGUUUGGCUUGAAGGUGGUCGCGGCGGCUUCUAUUGCUGAGGGCGCAGGACACAUAUUACUUGGGUUACAAUCACAGAUCAAUCAGACUGAGAUGAUGUGUAGGAACGAGCCACUAAUUGUUUUAGAGGACGUCUUCCGAGGACCUCGUCUGGAUGACAGUGGAGGGAUAAUCCACUUAUCACAGCCUUUUGGACCGCACAAGUUUGCAAGAAUACUUGGGGUAUGCUUAGAAUAUAGGUCCUCAUUCCACGAUUCAACGGAAACACCAGCAGUGCCGAGCAAGCGGGCCAGAUCAAAUUCUUAUGGAUUUCUAGACAGCCCGCAAAUGUCUUCAGCCAACGUUGACACGUCGCCGGGAUCAGAACACACCAUAAUACCGCCAAAGUCACCGCAACUUUCAUUGCGAAUGCCCGCUCCGUUACUCACAUUUCGACAAGAUCCGGGAGCAAGUCAACGGUCGACUCCGCCCGAACCUGCAAGUGACACGCCAGGGCGAUCUGUGGUUCUUUUGGUUGAGGAUAACUUGGUAAACAUGAAGGAGACACAUAUAUCUGCCAUCAAUGGUCUCGAAGCCCUACACAAAUACCAAGCGUCUCAUCAGUCUAUCAAAAUUGUUUUCAUGGACAUUGGAAUGCCCAUAAUGGACGGAAUUAUGGCAACGACUCGUAUUCGAAAAUUUGAAAAAGAGAAUGCAUUGCCAAGGGUGCGGAUAGUUGCAUUGACUUGUUUCUCCUCAGAUGAAUAUCAACAGAAGGCUUAUGAUGCUAGUAUUGAUGUGUUUAUCGUUAAGCCUGUGUUGAUGAAGGGUUUGAGGACGCUGCUGGACAUGAAUCCGACGGUGGUUGUUCCUCCUCGUAGUCCUAAUGGCGAAUGA